UUGGAUAAGAACAUUGAAUUUGCAAGAACUUGUCAUGCUUCACCAGCUGGAAAAGGAUUGUUUGUAGUAAAUGAUAGAGGUAUGGACUUCAGUGUGGACACAAGAAUGGAGAAGUGUAGCUGCAAAAGAUGGGACUUGUCAGGUAUCCCAUGUUCCCAUGGAGUCUCUGCUCUUAGAUAUGACAAAAUACCACCAGAAUCACGGGUGAACUCUUGUUACUCUAUUGAAACUUAUUGCAAGGCAUAUGAGCCAAUUAUUAUGCCCUGUAAUGAUGUGACUAAGUGGGCUAAGAUGAAUGGCAGAAAAAUAAUACCACGACCAUUUCAGAGAAAGAAAGGAAGGAGGGCAAAGAAUAGGAGACAACAACCAAAAGAGAAGCAUAGCAAAAAAGGUGUGAAAAUCAAUAAGGCAGGUACAGUCAUUCACUGUGGAUAUUGUGGAGCUGUUGGACAUAACAUAAAUGGUUGCUUAGACUGGAAAUUAGGCCUUAAACCUAAGAAAAAAACAAAGAGGCAUAGGGUUAGAGCAGAGCCAGAUGUCUCAUCUUCAGACGAAGAAACAGUAUGUCAAACUCAGGAGAUUAACCUUCAAACAGCUGGUGUUCUCAGCCAUGAACAACCUUUGUAUGUGGCACAGAUAGUACAAAGUUUAACACAAGAACGAGAAUCUAGGCAAAGAGAGGAAGUUGUGCAAGGCCCACUGCCUGAGAAUGCUUUCCUACAGCAGCAGGCCCUAUCACAGCCUCCAGUUCAACCUAGUACAACAACAAAAACAGGUGAUGUGCAUAGGAAAAGAGAGGUUAUUGCCAUUGCCAGACUUAGAGCUGCACCUGAGAGAAGGGAGAUAGCAGAUCAGGCAAAGUUUGAUGCAGCAAUUACAAAACUAAAAUAAGAAGAGGAGAAAAUUAGGA